GUGCGUGCACGUGAGCGUGUGCGCGUGGGAGAAGAAUGGAGAGAAUGGGUAGACAGGAGAAUAAAGGGGACAGAGAAAGACACAAGAGUUGUAUGUGUCUAUACGUAUGGAAGAAAAAAAAAAGCUUUUGAACUGUCAUUACAAGACGUGGAGAAUUACAGCGGGACCAGGACUAAUAUUGUUUUCACGAGGAACUCAUGGACCACAUGCAGCUCUUAACAGACUGGAGGUAAAAGCACUCAGCUAUGUUUUGCAUGAUUUCGGGUUGUUUUAGAAAGCCAGAGGGAGAGGCAGUGAUUUGAAGUUAACUCCCCGUCUCUGUCUGUGUUGUGGAGCCCAGUGGGCAACAUUUGGAGAGGCUGCACUCUUUACUUCAGCCUUUGUUUACAGUGGACGGUACCGUACCUCACUCCGAUCCGGCUAAAACCAAGAGGGUUCGCGUAUAGUAUCCAGUAACAGGUGACUCAAGACACAAACGGAUUCAGCAAAAGCGUAAUUUUUGAAGAAUUAAAAGCUGCACUGCCCAAACACUCCCUCCUCUUCCUCCCCAACACCAGCACUGGGUAGUUUCCUCCCAUACCCCCUUUAAUAUCGUAAACAAGUAACAGACUUACAUUUCUGCAGCGGCUCUGGUACAAAGCUCCGUACGCUGAAUGUGUAAUAGUCCAGAAAACAAUCGUAUAGAGAGCCCACUCAUUCCUUAUGAAUGAUCCUCUGCGUUUUUACGGAGCCAGGAAGGAAAAAAAUGGGGAGAGGGAGAGAGAGCAGCGGGGUCCAAGUUGUUAGCAAACAACAGAGUAAUUAAAGCUACAUAUAGGCUGUAGUAAACAGAAGAUGGGGGACGGAGGGGUUUGUGCGAGCUCCAGAGGUAGAAUGAGUUCUGAUCACUGUGGGGGGAAAAACACUUGGCUCUUUAUUCCUGCUAAUUAGUUUCCUUCAAAAAAUGGCUGAGAUUACGCUUAGUGCGCAUGUGCGUAAUUGCGCAGACACCGCUAAUUAGCCCGUUUGGAUCAAUAGGAUUCCGCGAGAGAGAGAGAGAGAGAGAGAGAGAGGGCGAGAAAGAGGGAGGGAGGGGGGAGAGGCUACGACGGACGCAAAGAGAAGACGAAAAUGAGAUGAAAAUAUUUGUAAAAGUGAGAGAAAUAUAACCAAAACAAUGAAUUUUAAUGACAAAUUGGAGAAAAAUCUAGAUUGAAGGUUCGGAUGAUCCAAUAAGUGAGGAUUUAACCGAAAACCACUUAAUGUUAAAAAAAGAGAGAAUAAAUAUAUUCUUAUAAAAAAAGAUGCGCUCCUUUAAAGGAGGAAUCUACGAUGAAAAGUAAGAAGUUAACACAAUAAAAACACAAUUUAUGUUAGUUAGUUGUGACAGGAAAAAAAAACACCAAAUAUGCGACACAAGAAGCCUGUUUUCAGUGUGAGAUCAACACACUACGAGGCCCUUGGAGUAUUAAAUAACAAAUAUCGUAUUGAUAUUUCAUUUUUGACGAUAAGUCAAACGUUAAAGUGAAUAUAUUAGGCUAUUCUAGUUUUUAAUCGUGCUAUUAUCGUGAUAUAUUCUAGAUUAAUAUUCAGAAAAUUUGACUGGCUCAUCUUCGUUUUAAAAGUUACAGCCUGUGUAGCAUUAAGCAUAUAAUAAAGAAGCAUUAAAAUGUCUAACAAAGACAUCUUUAAAUAAAAAAACAUGGAUGAAAUAAUCUCUGUAUGAAACGAGAUCGACUCCUUUUUUAUUUGGACCUGGGCUGCAGGUGGAGGUUGCAGGUGUAUGUUUUUGAUAUCGUCAUCUUCGUUCUUAAUUCUUCAGAUUUGGAAAAAAUCAGAAAAAUAUCUAAGCCGUAAUUAAAGUGUCCAUUUCUCCUCACCGAAGAUCUUUGGGUUUUUCAGCUCUGGCCGUCCCAUUCUCGCCACUCGGCUCUAUUGUUAUGAUAAUACUAUUGUUAAUUUCACGCUGGAUGUGCAAUCUGUCCAUCGUCCAUAUUUGAGAAGGUGGACGCCGCAUUUAUUUGUUGGAUCAAAUGAUAGCUUUUUUAUUUUCUUAGGUUCUGGUUAUCCAAGAUGACCUCGUCCUUAUUUAAAUACUUAUGAGAGGCGUCAGUCUUACUGUAAAGGUGCCGAUGAAAAGAUAUGAGAGGAAUAUAAUGGCAUGACCACACGAGUUAAAAAGACAAUGGUAUUAACAGCAGAAAGGUUACUGUUGCGUGAAACAGCAGCACUAUAAGGCCUAAUAUAGUCAUACAUGAAUAUUGAUGUGACUUCGUCAUGUUGGUUUUAAAAGCACAGACUUUUGCAUUUGGUUUGUCUUGAUUUGGUGAGAUUAUUUCCUUUCAUCUAUGCAAUCUUCAACAUGAAAAAAAAAUAGUGCAUAUGCCACAAGUCAGUGAAUAAAUAUAAUAUGCUCUACAUUUGGAGUACCUCCAAUAAUUAUUUUAUGAUGUGAAAACAGUAAAAGUGGUUGUUUAAUUGGCACAUGUCACCAAGCAAAGACCAUGUUAUCAUAACCAUAAAUCAGGGUUUUACUGAUCCCUGCUUUUACACCUACAUGUAUUGUGUUGGUUCUGCUGUACUCAGGGAUAAGGUUACCACAGUGGCAAUUUAAUGCUCUGUCUUAUGAGCAGAAGAAAACGACAGCAAGGAGUGAUAGAAUUUUAAUGUUGUUCUAUGUGUUUGAUAUAUGUGUGUGUGUGUGUGUGUGUGUGUGUGUGUGUGUGUGUGUGUGUGUGUGUGUGUGUGGUCGGUCCUUGCUUUCAUUGGAGAAAACCUGAGGGGAAAAAAAUGCUGAAAAAAUGAAGGUAGAAUUAUGGAGGUCUGAUAGAAAUCAUAAACGCACAUCAAGAUAAAAUCCUAACACUUGAUUUAAUAAGAAUAUCGUACAGAUGAUGAAUGAUAACCCAGCUUUUAUUUUAAACGGUAUAGAUCCUGCGUACAUUUCGAUCCAAAUAGCAUAUAUACGUUGACACUGCGAUACUCUGUUGCAGCAUUAAAAUGCCUUUAAAUGACCCUACAUAUUUUUCGCAGUGCUUUUUUGUUGAUGUAAAUUUCCAUUUAUAUUCAUUUGCAAUUAUAUUUCAUAUUUGCCUAUUACUGCAGGCAGGUGAACCCACCCACUCACACAUUUGAUAUGUUUGUAGGACUCACGUAAUCACAGUCUCUUGAAAUUUCAUCACAUCUGAUGUAAAAUAUCAAUAAAAUAAAGAGAGCGGGAUAGAAUAGAUAAAAACAACUCCAUGUCAAUCUUAACAGGUUUCGAUAAGAUGUCGGAGGAGACGCGUCCCCUUGUAGGCACUACAAUUUAUUUCCUCAGCGAUAAAUAUAUAAUUCAAAUAUUUUACCACCAUUAACAUUCUCAUUCCAGAGGUUAUUUACAUGGAUAUUCACACAUACAGUGCACUCAAACAAUCACAGGCCAUACUGUAAAGCACACAUUGUUUUCCAUGCCCUCAGGUGUAUGCCAGGGGUUGUUGUUUUCACUGUAAUAUAUAGUUAGCCCUUCCACCAAUUUACCCUGUCAGUGUUAAUGGGGCAAUUAAGCACUGCGAUACCCCUCAGGCAGGGGGAGAGCCAAAAGCUCCCCAAGUCCAAACUUGUCUUUAUGACAUUUAUAUGACAAAAUGUGGGGGAAGCUGGGGACCUAUCUGACACCUUGGAGGGUCCUUAAUGUCACUCCCACCCUUGCCCCCACCCUUUUCAGCCCGAGGGCAUGGCAUGAAGCAGGAAGUGCAAUAGAUCAUGUACAGGAGAGGCCCAGGCCCUGUCUUGAAGAGUAAACUUUCUACCCUGCAUCUAAAGAGUCAAUGGGGCGACUCUGAUUUACACACUUUUGCAUUGUAAAUGUAACCCAGCCUUUACACACUCAGACACGUUCAUACAGACACACACAUACUCACAAACAAACACACUUUCAGCUUACACACUCCAACUUGACCUCUCCUUCCAUUGAAGCCUUUUUUGGUGUGUAUAAGUCCCUGUACCUUUGUGUCUGCUCACAUUCCCCCCGUCCUUCUUUACAUCCCCAAGGAGGCAAUAACCUCCUCACCAAGUGCUUCCCCUUGAGCCGUUGUCAUAGUAACCUGUGGGCUGGUCGACAUGACAACCCUACCAUGGUCCAGAGAUAAAUGAUAGGCCAAAAAUGGGGAGGUAGACAGACAUGGGGGGGAUUUGCACCCAGUUUAAUUUGGUUUGCCUUAUUCUGGUCUGAAAUGCUUCUUUUCACCCCCUCGCUCUCAGCGUGAGGCACAAUCAGAAUUAAACUGUUUAUAGAGGUGUCCAUAAAACUGUCGGCCUCCAAGCAAUUCCUAUCAAGAAAUCCGGCUUUGCUCUACCACAAUUGGAUAGAAUAAUAGGGAGAAGGUUUUUAUUAUUUUUGAUUGUAAAAAAAAAUGUGUUCAUUUUAAACAACGUGAAAGGAUUACAUCUUGUGCUAUUUUAUUUUUCAGUUUCCAAACACCAAGCUUUGUUCUUCUCUUCUAAAUUCAUGGAAUAUGUAAGAUGAUCACAGAAAAAGAAGAAACAAUACAAAUAACAGAAACAAACAGCAAUAAUGACAGAUAUCAAAUUCACUGAGUGUAAAAUCAGAUGUUAAAGAGGAGGUUUAAGAUGUUCAUGUAUUAAACAUCUUCGUUCAAAGUCUCUGUUGAUAGAAAGUUCUAAUCUGCAUCGUCCUAUUUUUUUAUAUUUUUUAAAACUUUAUUUUGAACAAUAUUAUAGACAGUAUAACAAGCUUUAUUUGUAUUUUAUCAACUUGCUAAAAUCAGGAGGCAGCAUUACGCGACACUUCAUUUUGUAAAUAAGCAGUUUUAACGCAGACCUCUGGUUAACGUAAUAUGCUUUUACUUUCCCAUUGAUUUAAUAUCAUCUGUCUUGACUUUCGUAAGCGGCCACUAGAGUGUGGAGAAAUCUGUGAGAGGUCUUGAGUGAGCUGAUGAAUGUCACUGGAUCUACAGGUCUGCCCCGUAGCUGACCCUGAUCUCUGACCUCUGUGUCCGGGCAAGCAAAAUUGAAUCGAAUUGAGUUUUUCCGUUUGAUGGGGACGAUGCAAUUUAACAUGGUUCUGACACAACGAUACAAGCAGAGCGAUAAUAGUUUUUGCUCAUUUCAACUCUUGUCCUGACUUUGAUUUUUACACACAGAUUAUAAUAUCAUUAAACACAUGCACCUACUACAGAUCUUAUGAUUUUAAAACAGCAUUUUCAAAGUUUACAAUACACAGACUCUAUACAGCAGUUUAAAUUAGAAAUUUAAAAUAUAUUUUACUACAAGCUCCAAAUGAGUUCAGCUCUGGUUUGUUUUCAGAGAAAUAAGAAACAUUUUCUGUAUGAGUCACUGAGAUAAAUAUUUAUCUGAGCUGUCAGAAGAUUGUUUUCUUUCUAUUUCAUGUAUUGUGUGAUACACACAAAACGCACUGAAAUAUCUGAGCAGCAUAAAAUGCCUUCCAAAUCAGUGGGGUAAAGCCACAAAUUGAGAAACAAAUCAUUGAAAGUGAGUUAAAUAUUUGAUCUCUUGACACUGAGCAAUAAUAUUUUGUUUGAUUGAAAGUACAAAAGCUGAUGCACCAAAACACAAUGACACGAAGAAUAAAAUGCCAGAAGAUUUGAUGCCCAUUUCCACUUAUGAAAUCGCUUUGAUAAUGUAAAAAAAAUUCUGUCUAUAAAAUUAUAUAUAUAUUUUGUUUUUUCUGCUUUGAUUGCUAUUGAAAGUGUUCUGUCUGGUGUUUUGACGUGCAUUUUUGAUUUGGAUUUUUCGUAACAGAUUGAGGGCUGCAGACGGACUUAAAUGUGAAAGAGACCUAAAAAUUUACUGCAUCUCAUAACCCAUAAAACCACACUUAAUAUUUAACACGUCUUCAUAACCUUUUGCCCAUCAUGCAGUGUGAUUCCCCCCCAUCAUGCACCAAGAUUUCUGCUUUUUUUCCCCCUCUGUCCUUUUGUUAAUGUCUCUGUUUCUUUUUUGUUUGGGGUGUUAUUUUUACGUGUGUGCUUCUUUUGGUUUCAGUUUAGUCUUCUGCUUUGAAUGAUAAAUUUCCCCUUGGGGAUCAAUACAAGUGUAUCGUUGCAUCUCAUCUCAUCUCAUCCCUUAUUGUCAUUUUUGCUGUGGCCUGCUGCAGGACAGCAUUAAACAUUGAAGCAUUAAUGUUAGAUGUAGAUGAGCGUGUCUACAGGUAGCCAAUAUUUAGAUCCAGCUCUCAUCAGCCAUAAGUAGAGAGAGCAGAUGGACUGACAGUCAGAUAGAUGGAGGGGGAUUUCAUGUUUAUUCUACUUCCAUUUCACACUGAAUAGGUUGCAGCAGAACAUGCCCUUAAGACUGAACAACAGCGCCCCCGGAUGGUCGAAGCCCGUAACCGAAAACAUGCGAGGCGACAUAAACAAAAGCCUCUCGGGCACCGUACAUUCGCGGAAGUUGAUAAGACUGAUGUGACAUGCCAUAAGUAAAAAUAACAAGAACAAAGCGGAAUCUUUAAUUUCCAUCCCUUUUUUUGUUUGUUUCAGGACUUCAGUAUGGAUGAUGAAUGGGAAGAAGAGGUAUGAAACAUCAUAAGCAUAACGUAACUUGAACAACGUGCCAUGUGGUUAGCAUGUUUAGUCUCUAAGCUCAGGAUAGGAAUAAAAUACUCGUUCACCCUAUGUAUUUGAGUUUGUAAACUUCAACAUGUCAAACGCGACUUUAAGAAAACACGAGGAAUUCUUAAAUGUUUCAUAGUAUUGUUAAACCCCCAUUAUACACGCGUGUCUGACUGUGUCUCACUAGUCAGUUAAAAUUUGAUGUCCCAUUGUCUUUACUUUAUCAGAUAGUAGGGGAGAGUGGGGUAAGAUGAGCCAUUUUUCAUAUUUCUCAUAUUUCGGAUCACUACAUCAAGGCAAUCAUAGUUUGGUCUCUAUUUAGUGUAUCUGCAUUUAUUUCAAGGUGUUGUGCAUCCCUGCAAACCAACAGAAUAAGUGUAAACAUAACUGUCUUAAUGAUUUAAGUGGUCAAGUUGAGCCGUAUCCCUUCUUCUUUAUUUUGGAAAUAAAUAUCUAACCCUUCACCCAUGUGCUUCUAACCUUCACAGACUCCAUUAAUUGAUGCCCAUCUCCUAAAUAUUUGGUCACAUGAUCAAUAUUUUUUACCGUUUCCAAGCAACAGGCGGUGGCUCAACUUACCCCACUCUCCCUUAUUGUGAGCAUAUGCAUUAAAACCUCUUUGUUUUUUGUGUUUAGGAGCAGCUGGUCCUUGUGGAGCUCUCUGGUAUUAUCAACAAUGACUUUGUGACCAAGUGUUGUGGCACCUGCAAAAUACUGGUAAGACCGAGUUUGAUGCAAAGUGGUAAAAGAAAAGAAACUUUGCACGCUAUUACAGUCACAACCUACUUUUUACAUUUUCUGUGUAAUGACUUCUGCCCAUGUGUUUCAGGAUAUUGACAGUGAAAAGCCCAUGAUGCAAGUUGGACAGUAUGUGUUUGCAGGGGAAUAUGAAGGUACGAAUUAAAAGGAUGCUACACAGCCAUGUCCAAAUGUGCACUUUCCUCCCUUCCUGUCCUUAAAGGAAGUGUCACAUUGCAGAUAAAGAUUAGGUUAUUUUAACUGGAAAUACUGGCCUCAUCCUAAUCUCCACCCUUAAAUUAAACCACUGAAUGCUCACAGGCUCACAAGGCAUCCAGUGUAUUACAGUCUGUGAGGGUGUCAGAUGGGAUACAACAUUUCAAAUUUUGUGUAAGUUCUUAGGAAGUUAUGUAAAUAUGUCCACUCAGAGACCUCAAGUUUUUGAUUUGAUUAUGAGACACGCUUACAGCCUAUAAGUGUGGAGGUGAGGAUUGGGCAACUGCAAGUGAUUUCCUUUAUAGAGCCAUUUGUAAAAGUUGGGGUAAAAAAAACUUCAUUUUCAAUGACAGAUGAUCACAGUGGCAACAUCGUUAUUAAUCUUUGUCAUGGAUGAGAAGGGAGAGAGGCAGAUGUCUGGUCUGUAAUGAAAGUGCAGUCUGUUUUCCAAAGCUGAAACAUAUUUCAUAAACACCAUUAUAGGUGUAAUUACAUUGUAAAUAUAUUUUUCUAAACUCUAAAUCUGUCGUUUACUUCUUAUAGAUGCUUUAGGAACUUGUGUUAUAUUUGAGGAGGGACCACCGAAAGGUAAAUUUCUUCAUAUCCUACACAUUUGUUGCUGUGUUUCAGUGAUACUUAAUUUUUUUUUCUAAUUGUCAAUUUUGAUGACUAGGAAAAGCAAAGAGUGGUCCUGAACUCAAGUAUAUGUGCCACACCGCGAAGAAACUGAUGAUGCAGCGAGUCUUCCUUGCAGAGAAGAAAGAGGGUGAAUCAAACAUAGGUCAGUUAGAAAAACUACAUCCAUCACAAUGUUGAGUCUGUUAAAUGCUUUUUCUUUUUGCAUCUAAUGUUUUGUGAGCUCAUGAUUUUAUAUACCUCGGCUUAAAAAUAACCAACUUUGAAAAAUAUGUAAUUUAAACUUAAAAACUUCUCUUCUCUUCCCUGUGUCCCAUUAGAGAGUUGCCAUGAUGGUGACGAGGAGAGCGCCACCUGUCAAAAAGAACAGUCCAACUAGACACAUAAGCAUAUGAAUAUAUCUGGAAGACAAGGCAGCAGGUUGAGAUAUGGAGCUUUGGUAAGGCCGAUAGAGUCUGUGCCUGAAACGGACAAUCCAAUGCUAGAAGCAAGAAAAGGGGCAUAAGGGGCAACCCACUGUAUGACAGGCAAGUGCACUUCUGUCAGUAGGUCAAUGGUUACCUGGUGCUUUUUGGAUGACUUUGGAUUUACACACGGUAGUAAUAAGAUGUACCUUGAUUACUGCAAGGCUUGCAGAAAUGCUGGUCAUUUUGCUGAACCAUGUAACACCUCGUCUGCAGUGAUCAUUUAAAAUCUCUGAAUAAACUUUCAGCAAAAUCAGACAUCAGUGAAAACAAGAUUCACAAAUUAUGAUCUGAAUCUAUCCCCUUUGAAUCAUAGUGAUAGUUGAGGAUAUUUCCUUUUUUUUCACCAGUCAAGUUUUUUACAAGCAACAGACUGAAACCUUUUCUUAUGUAAAGUUGAUGGGUUUUUUGAGUAAAUUUUUUAAUCCUUAGUUUCUUUUUUUAGAUGUACAUAUUUUGUUGGUUGUUCUUCAGUUUUUCUUUCUAAGGUGUGUGCAGUUCGUGUAUUUGCAUUGAAGCAAAAAACUUUUGGUUGUAAAACAAAUAAAUUUCACUAAUAAACUGUGUUUGUUCUUAAA